AUGCUCUUCCGCUCCUCGCUCGUCCUCCUGAUGCUCCUGCUCGCGUUCGUCGGUCUCAUUCAGAGCCAGCCAGUUCAAGGUAAGACGGAUCACUGAGGGAUUACGGUAGAUCAUCCUCUCUGUUCAGGCGAUCUGUACGCCUUCAACAACGUCGACGACGCCGACGCGCCGUACCUGAUGAACCUGCUGAAACGGACGGCGGUCUUCUUCCCGAGCGGCAACCACGACAAGAUGAUCAAGGCGAUCCUCAAGUCGAGGCGGUACUGA